GCUGGGCGGAGGGAGCGGCUGGCGGCGGGAUGGCGGAGCCGGAGAGCCCCGAGACGGCGGCCGAGCACGAGCGGAUCCUGCGCGAGGUGGACAGCACCGACACGGCCUGCCUGGGGCCCACCCUCAGGUCUGUCUAUGAUGGUGAGGAACAUGGGCGCUUCAUGGAGAAACUCGACGCUCGCAUCCGGAAUCACGACCGUGAAAUCGAAAAGAUGUGCAACUUCCAUUACCAGGGCUUUGUGGAUGCCAUCACUGAAUUCUUGAAAGUCAGGGCAGAAGCCCAAAAGCUCAAGAAUCAAGUCACGGACACCAACAGAAAACUGCAAAUGGAAAGCAAAAAACUGGUGGGAGCAAUGGAAGAGCUGAAACAGUGCCGGCUGCAGCAGCGCAAUAUUUCCGCCACAGUGGAUAAGCUCACGCAGUGCCUUCCUGUUCUGGAAAUGGAUAGCAAAUUGAGAGAGCAAAUGAAAUCUAAAAGACACUACCCUGCCCUGAAGACUCUGGAGCACCUGGAGCACCUGCACUUGCCUCAAGUGAGCCAUUAUCGCUUUUGCAAAGUCAUGGUGGACAACAUUCCAAAACUGCAUGAGGAGAUCAAGGAAGUUUCCAUGUCCGACCUCAAAGAUUUCCUGGAGAGCAUCCGUAAGCACUCGGACAAAAUUGGCGAGACAGCAAUGAAGCAGGCCCAGCAGCAAAGGAACCUGGGCAACGUUGUGUCUCAGCCCUCGAAAGCUGGUGGUCGGCGGUUCAAGAAGGAUGCUUCUGCAGGAUCGGAGCCAGAGGUCAAAAGCACGAGCCCAACGUCCGAGCAGGACUCUGGGAUCUUGGAUGUCGAAGAUGAAGAGGAGGAUGAGGAGGUGCCCGGUGCCCAGGAUUUGGUGGACUUCUCCCCCGUCUACCGCUGUCUGCACAUCUAUUCAGUAUUGGGUGCCCGAGAUUCCUUUGAGAGCUACUACCGGAAGCAGAGGAGAAAGCAGGCCCGGCUGGUGCUGCAGCCCCCCUCCAACAUGCAUGAGACAUUGGGCGGCUACCGGAAAUACUUCAACCAGAUUGUAGGCUUCUUCGUCAUUGAGGACCACGUCCUGCACACAAGCCAGGGCUUGGUGGACAGAGUCUACAUUGAUGAGCUCUGGGAGAUGGCGCUGUCAAAGACGAUCGCUGCUCUCCGGACGCAUUCCUCCUACUGCUCUGACCCCAACCUGAUUUUGGACUUGAAGAAUCUCAUCGUGCUUUUCGCUGAUACGCUUCAGGGAUACGGCUUCCCCGUCAACCACCUCUUUGACUUGCUACUGGAAAUCCGGGAUCAGUACAGUGAGACUCUGCUGAAGAAGUGGGCAGGAGCCUUCAGAAACAUUUUGGAUUCAGAUAACUACAGUCCCAUCCCGGUGGCCAACGAAGAGCAGUAUCAGAAAAUGGUCGGGCAGUUUCCCUUCCAUGAUCCGGAGCUGGAAAAGCAACCGUUCCCCAAGAAAUUCCCCUUUUCCGAGUUUGUGCCUAGAGUUUACAGCCAGAUCAAGGAAUUUAUCUAUGCUUGUCUGAAGUUCUCUGAAGACCUUCAUCUAAGCUCCACUGAAGUAGAUGACAUGAUUCGGAAAUCGACCAACUUGCUGCUGACUCGAACGCUGAGCAACUGCUUGCAGAACGUCAUCAAGAGGAGGAACGUCGGCCUGACGGAGCUGGUCCAGAUUAUUAUCAACACUACGCACUUGGAGAAGUCCUGCAGGUUCCUUGAGGAAUUCAUAACCAACAUCACCAACGUCCUGCCAGAAACCGUCCACACAACGAAGUUAUAUGGAACGACCACCUUCAAGGACGCUCGCCAUGCUGCAGAGGAGGAGAUCUACACGAACUUGAACCAGAAGAUCGACCAGUUCUUGCAGCUUGCAGAUUAUGACUGGAUGGCCGUCGAGGCAGGUUCAAAGGCCAGCGACUACCUGGUGGACCUCAUUGCCUUCCUGCGCAGCACCUUCGCGGUCUUUACACACCUGCCUGGCAAGGUGGCUCAGACGGCCUGCAUGUCUGCCUGCAAGCACUUGGCCAUUUCGCUGACCCAGCUGCUCUUGGAAGCCGAAGUCCGGCAGCUCUCGCUGGGAGCCUUGCAGCAGUUCAACCUGGACGUGGCGGAGUGUGAACAGUUUGCCAGAUCCGGCCCAGUGCCUGGGUUCCAAGGGGACACACUGCAGUUGGCCUUCAUCGACUUGAGACAACUCUUAGAUCUGUUUCUCCAGUGGGAUUGGUCUACAUACCUGGCCGACUACGGGCAGCCGACCUGCAAAUACCUUCGCGUGAAUCCCACAACGGCGCUGAUCUUGCUGGAAAAGAUGAAGGACACGAGCCGCAAGAACAACGUCUUUGCGCAGUUCCGGAAGAACGAGCGGGACAAGCAGAAGCUGAUUGACACGGUGGCCAAGCAGCUGCGAGGCCUCAUCAACACCCACCACUCGUGAGGUGGGGUCGGGCAGGGCCACGCGGCUGCCGGGGUGGGGCUUGGGAAACGCUUGGGGGUGUGCCCAGCAGCACACAGAGGAGGCUUGUCCCGGCACCGGCCUGCCCUCCUCGUGGAGCCCUUCCUCGUGGACAAAGGUGGCUGCUGGAGGAGAAGGAGAGGCGAGGGCCUGGCAGGCACCAACUGUUCCUGGGUCAUCAUCCUCUUCUCAGGAUUGGAGCCUCUUCGUCAAGACCGGGACACGAUCCAGGAGCCCAAAGCCCCGUAAACUCCUUCCAGAAGCCAAAUGCCAGUGGGUCCAUCGCUCUGGUGUUUGCUGACAGCAUCGGGUGGGUUUUUUUUUUAAAAAGGGUUGGGGCUCCAAACGUGCCUCAGCAAAGAGACAUUUUAUUUGCCUGUAAUGUGGAAUUGGUUGUUUGGGGUGCGGCUGUAGCAGGAGGAUCGGCUGAGGGUCCUUUCCCAUGGCUGGUUGGUGGUGAUGUUUUCAUCGCGAAGCCUCCGUUGCUGGGCAUCUUGGCAAGGCAGCUGGCAUCACCUGUGCCCCAAACACCUUGCUUUGUAUUUUCCAGAAAGCAGCGCAUUGUGAUGUUCAGAGCGUCCCUUUGUGACGUCACAACCAACAGCUGAGAGGGGCGGUCACAACUCCAGGGGGAAACAGCUGAGCGAAUUGGCCCUUACACUUCCUGGGAGAGCAGAGACACACACACCUUUGCGUGCACACACACACAAACACGCGCCCUUUCAACUCUGGCUGUUUCCAAAUGGAAUUUCAAUUCUCACUGCAGGCCUACAGUCAGUUCAUUAAGAAUGAGGAACGGAGAUAUUUGAGCAGUGUAAUUUCGGUGCGGGUUCUGUUUAUCCAUUAAGGCAGGCAAGGGGAUCUGCUGGGAUCAACCCCUUCCCCAUAUGGCUGCCCCGGAAAAGGAAGUUUUUGUGGGUCAGACUGGCCUCUAGUGGGGGGGGGGCUGUUUUCCUCCCGCUGCCUUGCCCAUCCUACCUGGGGCAGUGGCUUUCCCUGGCCCUUUCCACUUUGCUCUCCUGACACUAUUUUUAAAUGUUUAUUUGCCUGUGAGUUCAGCAGCAUCCCCCAGGGGUGCAUUUCUAAGGGUUUGCCCACAUUGGGGGUGCCUGAACCCCACUUUGUGAGCAGGUCUGCCUUGGAAAUACAUUUUCCUUCCAUGCUGCCUGCAGCUACGAAGGGGCAGCCAUGAGGCUUGUGGGAAUGAGGUGGGAAAGUCUUCCUUUAAAAUAAAACCUUACCCCAGCAGAAUCUCACAGCCAGAAGGAGGGGCCCUUCCCAGUCCCCGGAGCCCCCUCUUUCCCUGCCUGGGAAAGGGGGUGGCUGGCUUGUGCCAGGCUUGUGGCCGCAGUGGGAAAUUUGGGGGCGUGAGCCACUGGGCAACUCUGUUUACAUCAGGCUAGGAAAGGUGGGUUGCCAGCCGAGUGCCAAUGGGCAGCUUGUCCAGCCAUGGGUGGCACAAGUCAGCAGCGCCCAUUGGAAAAAAUGGGAAGAGGGGCUGCCCGCCAUCGCAGGGCACCAUUCCUGUCCUGUCCAGUUACACUCGUGCAGGAAAUGUUCCUAGUGGCAUGGGGGGGGGGUUGCUCCCUGCCCUGAGCUCCCUUGAGCCCUCAAAGGGGCGGGGGGCCUUCUUACUGGGCCUCCUGAAGAAAAAGAUCUGGUGGUCCCAAAUUU